CUCUAUUAUAUAUAUAUAUGUAUACAAUUGUAUAAAAUACAUGCUUAUAUCAACUAUUUUCUGACACGUAUUUACUUUAUACGUCUAUAUUUAUUCCAGCUAAUGGUUCAUGUUCGUAUUAGAGGUUCUACGACUUCGACUAAACUACUUUCUUCGUUUUAUUUGUCAAAAAAAUUAUUUACAACAUUUGCGAUGGCUAAAAAAACCGCUAUUUUGCUGAUGGCUGAUGGAGCCGAGGAAAUGGAAGCUGUGAUAACUGCUGAUGUCUUAAGACGUGCUGGGAUUGAUGUAACAAUAGCCAGCAUAACAGGAAAUGACUGUAUUAAAUGCAGUCGGGAUGUCAAAAUUUGUGCUGAUACUCAGCUGGAUGCUGUGAAAAAUAACAGUUUCGAUGCUGUUAUUCUACCUGGUGGUUUAGGUGGUUCAAAAGCUCUUGCCAGUUCCAAAGAAGUUGGAGAAUUGCUGAAAAAACAAGAAAGUGAAGGAAGAGUUAUUGCUGCUAUUUGCGCAGCACCAACAGCUUUAAAAGCUCAUGGUAUUGCUCCAGGAAAGCAAGUAACAUCUUACCCGGCAAUGAAAGACCAGUUGGUUAAUUAUUAUAAAUACUUGGAAGACAUUGUCGUAACUGAUGGUGAGAAUUAUUUAAUUAUUCUGGGAACAUUAUCACGAGCAGAGGACCGGCGACUGCGUAUGCCUUUGGAUUAGCAAUUGUUGAAAAGUUGUUAAAUAAGGAAGCAGCUCUUCCUGUAGCCAAAGGAAUGCUUUAUGAAAAUUAUAAGUAA